AAUGUCUGUGUCUCAUCCACAUCAUAACCCAUUGAACCCUACUCCACCAAACGAACCUCCACCGAUUAAAAAUAUGUCUAGGAGGAACUUCAGAAGACGAAAAUCGUCACGACAAUCACUUGACUCAGAUAUCAAUCGAGUGCAGUCAAGACCAACCAGUUCCGCUCUAUCUCGCUACUCUGUUUUACCUGAUAUUAAUGGUGAAAGACCGUUUACUCCCUAUAAUCUUUCAUCUGAGCCAGAUGCAAAUAGCCUACACAUUGCGCUGAAGCUUCUUAAUGGGGAACGGAUACAGCGAAGAUUCAACCGAAAUGACAAACUAUUGGAAUUAUUAAAAUUUGCUUCCAAUUAUUCCAAUGAAGACUUUUGUAAUUAUGAACUGUUUAAUCCACAUAAUCGUUCGAUUCUGAGAGAUAUGGAACUUUCUUUACAUGAUGUUGAUCUCGCCGAUAAAACUACUUUAUUCAUUCAAAUUCCUGACUAA